GACUCUUAACACUCUUUUUGAUCGAAUAGUAAUAUACUAGUACAUGUCGUUAUUACGUGUAAUCGAUUAGUGGCUCCGACUGGCUUCGAAUUAUUGUGGAAUAUGACUUGACUGAUCACACGACUUGCCAAAUUGGCCACACCAUAAUCCUCCCUAGGCGUGUAGUUUUAUCGCUUGGUGACCAUUAUCAUGGCGUUCAAUGCAAAGAAUCUCAGCUAUGACCGCCAGGAGCCCGCAUUUCUGCGAAAACUUCGCAAUCAAUAUGGCGAAGGCGACUCCGUCCGUCACGCGAAUCCCUCCCAACGACCGCGUAAACCGAAAACUGACGACGAUGAUGACGCCCCAACCUACGUUGACGAAGAAACGAAUGAUACCAUAUCCAAAGAAGACUACGAAGCGCUAUUGAAAGGGGGCGAGGAGAAAGCGGAAAUAGGAACUGGCACAGGCGGCGAUGAGUCGCAAAGGUCCAAAGAAGCAGCUGGUGAGGUAGAAUCUGCUGCUACAGAUGGCCCUAAGGUCCAGAAAAACCUGGCCGAGAUUGGCAGUCAAAAGAGGAAAAAGCAAGUCAAAGUGGUUGGCGCAGACGACGACGAAGCGGACGGCGAGGCGCCUCACAAGGACGGUUCGUCAACACGUAAACCAAAGGCGAAGAAAAAGAAAGUCAAGCUUUCUUUUGACGAGGCUUAAUAGAAAGGACGCCAUUCUGUAAAGAAAUCUGUAUAAUUACCAUGCGCAGCGUGACCCAGAUGAACCGUAGCCAUAGUCGAAAAACUAUGAUGUAAUCGUAAGCGCGAGUCGCUGCAUGCAAGUGUGAACGAGAGCAAUAAUCCUACAAUCAAUUGACCAUAUUGCUGCUCACAUGGGUGGGAAGCAUUGAGAUUCCGCCGUUGUAUUACUGGGUCUUACUCAUAAUUGCUCAACAUAACUUUCG